UAAGAGGCAAGAACUCAAGCCCGGGAAAUUAGAAAGGCAAAUUCCUAUAAAACCCUUCCGCGCGGAAAGAAUAAGUAAGAAGAUGAUGAUGAUGGAGAAGCAUCAGAUGGAGAGGAGGAAGAUGAGGUGGUGGUGGCGGAGGGGAAAGCCGACAAAGGUGGCGAUGGAGAAGUUGAUACGGUGGGACAUGAAGGAGUUUAGUCGGCGAGAGAGGCUUGCACACGGCAAGCGUCGUGAAGAGUUGAAUAAAGUGGAUUGGGCGAUGAUUAAGAAGGACUUGCACACUCCAGAGGCUCUUCAAGCCUACCAAGAACUCCGCAAACAAGCUUGCGGAAAUAUCGACGAUCGAGUCACUGGCCGCAUCUCUCAGUCUCAGAGGAAACCUGAUGUACGGUAUGUGCACCAUCCCUCUAAGGAGAGAAUGCUUAUGGAAUGGGGUGAUGGGAUGAAAGAGCUUCAGAAGAGGUAUCCUCUUGGGAUGAAACUGCUUCAAAAGAUAUUGCCUGUAACCAAGAAAUCAAGGGUGGUUGCAGCAGUAGGUCUAAGUGCAUGUGCUGUAGCGGGUCUGGGUGGUAGGAUUUGGUUAGGGAACGCGAAUGAGCAGGAAAAUGAAACCGAGCAGGAUGUUUAUUUUUGAUCGGCAACUGGGCAGGGUGAUGUCGCCAAAGAGCAGUUGGGCUCAGCUUCCAUCAUCUAAUAUUAGUACAGUAUUACUUAAGGGGGAAGACUAUAGCGUCCUCUCCUGUUUUUUGGGGACCUCGUUAGUUAAUCGACUUGUGACGUACAUGUUUUUUUUUUGAAUUCAAACAGAACUUAUGGAGUUAUACUUAGUUGGCUCAUCUGAUGUUUCAUU